AUGGUGCAUUGGGGCACGGUCUUCGUCUCGAUGACGAUAUCAAGCUUCCUACUGGGACGCCGGGAGCUCCCUAAAAUUGGACGUGUUUUAGGUUUUUACAGUGGACGUAGCGUGGGGGCCAUCCUCCGUGCGAAAAAAGAGUUUUUCGAUGCCACGAAAGAUAACGACCUGAUCAAGCUGCAACGAGAAUUUCAACGUGGCAUCGAAGAGCUCAAUGAGAUACGCGCAGAAUUUACGAGCGUUGGAAAUAUGCGUCGUCCUUUGCAGCCCAAGAGUGAUGAAAGCGCAAGUGGUAUCAUGGGUCAAGCAGUCGUGCGCUCACCAUUUGCACCCCCACCAACUGGAGGGCGUUCCAGUGUCUCUUUGGCGUCCACUGAUGAAUAUGAGCUGCAGAAUGGUCUGCAGCGAAGUGGAGAAGCAAAUUUAGCCAUAGCGGAGAUGAAACUAGCGGAGCAACGAAAGUUUGUAUCGAGAAUCGAAAGUCAGGAUGGAGGCGCGGACUAUGUAUCCGCUAGCAUCAUGGACAGCUUAUUGUUGGACCUGAAGACGAAGAAGGCUUGA